AUUCUUCUGAAUUUUUAAAACAAAGGGACCGUUACAAGUCUGACCCUCAUCAAGCCACCUGGGUUCGGCUCACGCUUUCCCCGGUUUUGAUCUUCUCCCAUUUCCACAAUUUCCCUCCGAGGAAGAGUCAUCACAGGCGACGAUGGCUGCUGAUUAUGCGUUCUCUGAAGACGAACUGGUCGUUGACCAAGGCCUUGGGUACCCUAAAGCCUACGCCAAGCUCUGCCGAGAUCGCCAUUCCAGUCCGUACAUCCAUGGCCCUCCCUUCACCUUCACUCCUUAUCUUCUGCAACCGCAAGAGGCUGUGAGGGCUAGUGAUUUAGAUGAGAUGUUCCCAAUUAUCAACCCCCGAGCAAAACCUACCACGAAGCCAAAGAUUUUUGUCGGUCUCCUGUGGAAGCAACUCAACCACCUUGGGAAUGCCGGAUUUGAUCCUGCUAUAUUUCGAAUAGACCCAUAUGGAAAUGUUCUCUAUUAUCAUGCUGAUCCAGCUUCUCCUCUUGCUUGGGAGAUUGAUCAUUGGUUUCCUCCCUCAAGAGGAGGAUCGACUGUUCCAAGUAAUCUGAGGAUAUUACAAUGGCGUGUCUGCAAGAAGAAGCAUAACAAGCUCGAAUUUCUGGUUCCAUGGUGGGAUCUGCAGUUGGGUAUUUCAAUAAACCAUUUCUUGUCAUUUUUCGCUUCCUCAAACUCAGAUUUCAGGCACAGAGCAUUUUCAUUUUUGUUUCCUGAAGGAGAAAAUGAAGAGCUGAGUGCUGCACAAAUAGUGGACUCGCAUACUUUUCCGCAACAUUUCAUCGAAUCAAAAGAGAAAGUAGGCCUUGCACCUGCUGCCAUUGUUUUAUCUCGAAGGGAAUCUUAUGAUACUUCACCUGCUCUGACGUCACUAGAUGUCAAUAGACGACCAAGGCCAAACUCUCUCAUAGUUGCUUCUAGAAUACUAAAACCAAGCAUCUCUAAAGAAAAUGAAAACCCAGACAUGAUUACAAAUCCUUAUCAAGCCAUUGUGAUGGCCAGAGAUUCCCUAAAACAAAGGGAAGACACUUUAAAGAUGCAGGCAGAAAUACAGAAGUUGGAUGAAGAAGUAAACCAACUGAAACAAAAGAACGAAGAAGAAAGGCUGACGAUUCAAGACCUAGAAUUGGUCUUGAUAAAACGUCGGAGACGAGUUGAAAAGUGCAGACGACUUGCAGAGACACAAUCUUCCUAUAGAACUAUGCUAGAGAAGAUGAUUCGAGAUGCCAUGCACCAGAGUGUCAUUUAUAAGGAACAGGUGAGACUGAAUCAGGCAGCCACAACUGCUCUUACGGCAAGACUUGAAGCACAGAAAGCAAUUUGUGAUGCCUCAGAAAAAGAACUCCACAAAAAAUUCAAACAAAGGGAUGAUAUUGAGAAACAAAUAAGACCUGAAUAUGGGCAAGCAAGGAAGAGAUCAAGAAUGGGUGACACUGAUAUUGAAGAAAACGAAAAUAAAACAGUUCUGCUUUUACCUGGAAUCGAACCAAAUAUGCCUUUGCACAAGGAGCUCAGGGUGUUCCUCGAGGAGGAGCAAAGGGCAUCUGAAUCCGGCUUGUCUUUCAAUGAAGAUUGGAAGCAAAAAGAAAAAGAAGAGAAGAUAAAAGAUCUGGUUGUCCAUACUUCCGGAAAAGAGCAUCAGAAUGACAACUCCAUUGUUGCUGUAAAUGACAAUGUCCCAAUUGAGGAGAAACUUCAGGCAUUGGAGAUAGGGGAAGAGAAGAAGUACUACAUUCAAUUUCCAGACCCCAAAGGAGAAGAAGAUGAAGAGUGCAGGAAGCAGCGUGGAAAAGGGAAUGUUGAGAAGUGGCUCCAAAUGCUAUUAGAGAAUGCACAAGACGGUCUUGAGCCGGAAUCUCAAGAUGCCACUGAACAUGAAACUAGCAAGGCUGAUGAAAUAAUUAAAAAGCUGAAUCAUAAAUAUCCACAUGAUGAGAUCCGGAUCUUAAGAUUUCCUGAAUCAGAAAGUAGGGAGGGUGCAGAGCAGCAGGUUCACAAGGAUAACAUGCGGCAUGCAAUUGAAAAGAACUACAAUAAGAAGGGCAAAGAAGAAAAUGCUGAGUUAGAAAGCCGUGAAACAACUGAGAAACACAAUGCCAUUGAAGUGGGAAGCAGUGGGAAAGGAGUUGACAGCUGCAAUAGCUUUGAAGGGAAUGAGAGAAGAGGGCAGAGUGGAAAGGAAAGGAAACUUGUGAGGUCAGAGAGUGAAAGGGCCUUUAGGCGAAUUCCCUCCUCACCAUCCAUUAUCUUGGGUAUGAGAAAAGGAGUUGAUUGCAUAGGGAAGAAGCCCGUAGUAAGUGGUGAGGAUGAUGAAGGUGUUGAGGAUCGUGUGCCAGGUAACAACUUCAUCAAGUCAUCCAUAAAGACAAUCAAGAAGGCCGUGAGAAUAUGAGAUGGAUCCUACAGCAUUGGUACCAUAUCUUUGGUUUUCUUUUUCAUCAUUUAUAUAUUUAAAUAUUUUGUGUGUAGUUAAAGAGUGGUAGUGAUAGCUUCAUUAGUUGAAUAAUUGUGUGAAAUUCGGGUAUUUGAUUGUGUUUGAUUUGUGUAUAAGAUUGGUUGUGCCAGUUAUGUGAUAAUGGCUUCUUGUUCAGUCAGAAAUUGAUUCUCCCACCUUCAGAAGAAUAAAAUAGAGGCUUUCCCCUUUGAAUCUUCCA